UGAACAGUCAUUGGCUGUCGGAGAGUUUAAAGGUUAGAGGUCGCGUGGCAACCUUGGGCGAGAACAUUUUGUUUCAAGCGUUGUACCGUCUGUCUCAUAACUUGAAGUUGUAUUUCUUACAGGAUUAGAGGGGUUACAUCAAAAGGCACGUAUAAGGUUCCUUCCUCGUCUUUGUAUCAGACUUACAGGGCAGAAGAUUCUUCAAUUCACAAGGUUUCACCAGUUGACAUCAUGAUGACACACUUCAUAUGCGGUAAAGUGAUUGUACAUGUCCCCAGAGAGGGUCUCAAUGAGAAAAGCACGGGUCUUGGCAAUGUCACGGACUGCUUUUUGUUGCGUUUUUCCCAUGACAAAUUGAACUGAAGUACCCAAAUCAUAAACAUGGACACAACAAAUCGUAAGAAGGAGGACCUGCGUCGUGCCGUGCAGAAACGGUACCAGCAUCUCAUCCACGAGGAGGCCACAGGAGGAGCGAACAACAGCGCUCAUGUGGCCAAGUAUGGAGUCUCUCUGAGACAGGACCUGCUCAGGCUGGCUAAGGAGUAUCUGGCCUGUAUUGAGCACAAGGAAAAAUUUAUCUUAGUUCCAUUUGGUGACUUGGUUAUUCCAGCACUAGCUUACUUUGAAGAAGAGAAAGUGGGAUUCAAGAAGAUUGCUGAAGUGUUCAGGAAGCUUGAACAAUUUGGGACAAAUCUGAUACUCUAUCCCUGGCGUCAAGAGUUUAAGAAAAUUAAGACCUACACAGCAGUGUACUGGUGCCAGGUCAAUGCUGUGCUGCCCCAGGCAGCUGAGACUGUGUUGGCACUGCUGGGAUACAGCAAGAAAAAUAAUGUUUUUGUUCUACAGAGGGUGCCUCCAGAGGAAAAGUUGCUGACUGUAGCAGUAGACCUUUUCCUGUGCCAAGCUGAGAGUCUGGUCAUGGAGGAUGUGUACAAUGAGAUAAGCAGCAAAGGUUUCUUACCCAGGCAGGUGGUGCAGGCAAGAGAGCUCAUGGUUGGGGAUCGUAUUGAAUGUGCAAAUUUCAUGAAGAAGCAGAUGAGGGCAGACGGCUCACCACAGUUGUCAAAAGUCAGGGGAGAAAGCCUCAAGGUCACACACGACAUCUCAGGCAGCAGCGGCAGACACAGGGACAGCGAAGUAGCCACAAGAGAAAAGUCAGACAGAAGUAGUAGCCGCGAUAUUCCCCAGUCAAAGACUGUUCCGUCAAGAACUCGAGGAUCUACCAAGAGUGUGUAUACAGGCACCUCUGGGUAUUCUAGUUUGGGAUCAAGAGCCCAGGGGUCAACGACACUAAGUCAUCUGGAAAAGAGAGAUGGAGAGAAACCGGGAAGCUGGGAUGACAAAUGGACAACAAAACGUGACUUGGGGGUGGACGGAGCCGAAGAUUUCAUGAAUGAGACACAGAUUAGACAGUCCUUUGACAUCAGGUACCCUCCGGAUGACAUCCACGGUCUCCCAACAACUCAUGAUGAACACAUCAUGGCCAGUAUGGCUGAGAUCUUUGGGCCGGAAGACGAAGAAAGUCAGGGACAGACAAGCAAGACGAUGCACGUCAUGCCAGAUAAAACAGGAAAUGUACCGUACAGAGCAGAGCUGUACAAGUCUGACUACAACAGAUAUCUGCUAGAUGUAGCCAGCUCAAGCAAAGGUCACACAGCAGGUUCAGUGCCACAGCCUCCCCCUGUACACUACCCCCCACAUGGGAUAGCUGUGAGCCCCCCUCCCCACACCCGCCCCCUAGGAGGGGACUUACUUCAUGACCUUCAAACUGACAACAUCAGGGGUUAUGAGGUUACGCCAAUGUCGAAUCAGCUAAACCGUUUCCCAGCUGGGCUCCCGGGAUUACCUGAUGGGGAAACAGCAUGGCUGCCCAGGGAAAGCAGCUGGCAAACAAAGGACAUGUUGUCAUCGUCUAGACCAUAUCAAGGUCGGGAAGCUUCUGUCCACCCUGUGCCAGGAAAAACAGCUGAAGACGUAGCAGACGGUCUUGGACAACCAAGGAGACGGAGCAGUCUGUACGACAAUGUAGAUGGCCAAGAAGGUGCAACAACAGGCCUUCCCUCUUCAAAUGGCAAAACAAGUCCUCAGUUGGUUCUCAAUCAUGUGAAGUCUUCCAGCCCUGACAAGAUUCAAAGCAGGCCAAAAAACAGCCAUUGGACUUGUUGGUAUUGUAAUGCAAGCAAUGAGCUCACUACCCAUCUGUGUGUGCGAUGUGGCACGAACAACGUAGGCGGUCAAAGCAACAGCAGUUCCAGGCAGAAUGUAAAACAGGGGCAAGGAAGGAACUGGUCCUGCUAUUUCUGCACUACGAUCAACUCCGCAAGCAGCAUUGUUUGUGUGGAGUGCGGGAAAAGCCGAUUUCCCGGAGCAGAAGCUCAACCUUUGAAUAUCGGUGGUCGCCAGUGUCAAGCCUGCACUUUUGUGAAUCACCCGUCUGCAACUAAAUGCUCAGUAUGCAAUGAGCUGCUAACAUCUGCAUCUGGCACCUGCAUUUAAAACUUCAAGAUAUGUGACUCAGCCAUAGAGGAUUUAAGAAUAUCUAGCGUCUUUUUUUUAUAAUUUUGAUAUUUCAGUAUACCUAAUCAUAAUGCUAAAAGUAUAGCAUUACACUCAGAUUAUUGUCUGAAAAACUAAUGAUGCAAGAAAUGUGUAAAGGAGAUUGGCAGUAUACAGAAGACUAAAAGCCCAAUAUAGAGGAUGAUGAAGAAAGUAUCUUAAUUUCAAAAAAGCUGUCAAACUCUUAUCAGAAGCAAUGACUAUUAGUUUCCUGCUGUUUGGUUAUGAUGUGCAUGUGGGUCUUUCUUUUCUAAUUCAAGAGCCCCAACAUUAGAAUUUUUGUGACACUAGAUUAUACUUUUUAUGUUAUGGGGACACUUAAUGGAUCUUAUAUCUUUAUUAUUUUAAAUAUUAUUGCUUCACCCUCAUUUCCUUCUAUCAUGAAAGGUAAACGUUGACUAACUUUGUGCUACGUACUGAAACGGCAUUCAGCUCUUCCCAUAAGAUAAGUUUCGUGAUGACACUAAACAGCUUUGUUUAGAAUAAUUCAUCUUUCUGCCAAUGUGCUGAGUACAAACAUUUCUAGAUUAAAGUUAAAAGAUUCUAAGGCCCAGUAACACGUCGCUUAUUGCUUUGUAAGUUUCUAUGCAAAUCACACAAGACUUGAGAACAGCUUCAAAGCUGCUGCUAUUAAUCCUGCAAAUGUAGAAAAAAGCUGUUGAUGACUGUUUCAGAAAGAACAAAAAUUCAAUGUAACGAUUAUGCUUUAUUUCUAGAAAAUAGAUUAGAAAUUGACAUAUGACCCAAGUAAUUCUCUGGAGAAUCUGAUUGGGAUGGUUCAGAACAUUGUGGUAAUCCCCAUUAGUUUGGCUUCUGAAAUUCUUUACUUAUAAUGAUAAUAAUAACAGCCUCUUUUAGGGAAUGACAGCUUGAAAGCUUCAGUUCAAUUUUUGGGAGGUAGGAAGAAAAGAUUAAAGGUGGUAAUUUGAGGUCACACUAUAUGUAUUGUAGAACAAAUACAUUUUGUUAACAUCAAAAUAUUGAUGAAAAUACUGCAGCUGAAGAAUACAUGUGCAUAAUUAUUUGUAAUCACAUUGUCUAGCCUGGCAGAGUUUUGUUUUUUGGCACAACACAGGAGGAUUGCGAAAUAAAAUAAGUAAUAAAUUAA